AUGUCUGAAGAAUCCAUCAAGUCCUACUUUGACAAAGUCGACUCUCUUAAGUCCAGUUUUAUCUCUCGACUUGCUGAUGCCGUCGCCAUUCCCUCAAUUUCCGCUGAACCCGAGCGUCGUCCAGAUGUCAGACGUAUGGGCCUUUGGCUUGAAUCUCAACUCAAGGAACUCGGUGCCACCGACAUUGUUCUCAAAGAUCUUGGAAUUCAGCACGAUACUGCAGAUCUCCCUCUUCCUCCCAUUGUGCUUGCACGCUACGGAACUGACCCUGACAAGAAGAAUAUCCUAAUUUACGGUCACUACGAUGUCCAGCCUGCCCAGCUUGAAGAUGGUUGGAAUACCGACCCUUUCACUCUUAUCGAAAAGGAUGAUGUUUUUUAUGGCCGUGGUGCCACUGAUGAUAAGGGCCCUGUCGUGGCAUGGCUUAAUAUGCUCCAGGCACACAAAGAGCUCGGCCUUGAAAUUCCUGUCAACUUGGUUUUCUGUUUUGAGGGUAUGGAAGAAUCCGGCUCUCUUGGUCUUGAAGAGCUCAUCAUUGCUGAAAAAGACGAAUACUUUAAGGGUGUCGAUGCUGUUUGCAUUUCUGACAAUUACUGGCUGGGAACGAAGCACCCUGUUUUGACCUAUGGUGUUCGUGGCUGCAACUACUACUCAAUCACUAUUGAAGGCCCCGCUGCCGACCUGCACUCUGGUCUUUUUGGUGGUGUUGUCCAUGAGCCCAUGAUUGACCUCUCCCACAUUUUUUCUAAACUAGUGACCCCUAAAGGUGAAAUCCUGAUUCCAGGAAUCCAGGAAAUGGUUGCACCUCUUACUACUGCUGAAGACAAGCUAUAUGACGCAAUCAACUUUGAUCUUGAGGGCUUCGAGGGAAACAUUGGCUCUAAGACUGUUAUCCAAGACAAUGUCAAGGAUGCUCUGCAAGCGCGUUGGCGCAACCCCUCUCUCUCGAUCCACGGUGUCGAGGGUGCUUUCUAUGGCGCUGGCGCAAAGACUGUUAUUCCUGCCAAGGUUAUUGGCAAGUUCUCCAUCCGUACUGUGCCCGACAUUGAGUCGGCUAAACUGGAUCAAAUUGUCAUUAAAUAUGUCGAAGACAUUUUUGCUACCCUGGGAUCUAAGAACAAACUUAAAGCUGAGUUAAUCCAUGACGGUAUGUACUGGGUUACUGACCCCCACAACUGGUCUUUCCGUGCCGCUGCGAAGGCCACUAAGGCCGUGUGGAACGUUGAGCCCGAUUACACUCGUGAAGGUGGUUCUAUUCCCAUUACUCUUUCCUUCCAAGAUGUUCUUAAGACCAGCGUUAUUCUGUUGCCUAUUGGCCGUGGUGAUGAUGGUGCCCAUUCAACUAACGAAAAGCUUGAUCUCGUCAACUACAUUCAGGGCACAAAGACCCUUGGUGCAUACCUCCACUACUUGAGCCAGGAAGAGAAGGAUGCUUAA